UUUUUGGUUCGGAUAUCGGAUCCAAUAUCUGAGGAUUUCCAACUAUCCGACAAUCCUACCACAUAUUCCAAUUUUCCCUCAUAUCCCAACCACUUCCCUCACUUUCCCGCAUAUCCCGACCUCACCACACGACCUCACCCUACCUCUUAUCACAUAUCCUACCCGUCCCUCAUACCCCCAUCUUCUCACAUAUCCCAAUUCCUUAGUUAUCCUCAUCUCACCCUUAAGGCACAAAAUAGCAAAUAGAAUAUCACAAAAAAAUUUUUUUUAAUUUUCAAAAAUUUUCUAGGCCGCCAAAUUCCCUGCAAAUAAGCAAAAUGUUUGGAUUGGCUAUUGGAGGGGCUUCUUUUCUCAAUCUUUUAUUGCCCUACUCUUUUCACUCACAUUCUGAUUUUAUGGUUGCUAUAGUGCAGAUAUCUCAAGGACUAGUACAGGGUCUCGCCUAUCCAGCAAUGCAUGGUGUUUGGCGUUAUUGGGCACCUCCUCUGGAAAGGUCAAAAUUGGCAACAACUGCCUUCACAGGUUCCUAUGCCGGAGCAGUUUUUGGUCUUCCAAUAAGUGCAUGGCUUGUUUCUUAUACUCAUUGGUCUGCCCCUUUCUACAUUUAUGGAAUUGCUGGCGUUCUGUGGAGCAUUUUUUGGUUUUCCCUGACUUUUGAAAGGCCAGCAUUUCACCCAACAAUUUCUGCAAAAGAGAAAGAACAUAUAGAAACGAGUAUUGGACAAGUAUCACAAACACAGCCUACAUUGAGCACAAUUCCUUGGCGUGCCAUACUCACUUCCAGGCCUGUUUGGGCAAUUAUUGUUGCCAAUUUCGCUCGAAGUUGGAAUUUUUAUUUGCUGCUCCAAAACCAAUUGACAUACAUGAGGGAUGUUUUAGGACUGAGAAUUAGUGAUAGUGGAUUCAUUGCAGCCCUUCCACAUGCUGUUAUGGGUUGUGUUGUACUACUUGGAGGAAGGAUGGCGGAUUAUCUUCGUUCAAAUAAAAUACUCUCAACAACUGCUGUUCGCAAAAUUUUUAAUUGUGGAGGAUUUGGCUGUGAAGCCCUCUUCCUACUCGUUGUUGCUUACACAAAAAGUGAACGUACAGCAAUGACAGCCCUCAUUUUUGCUGUAGGUUGUAGCGGAUUUGCAAUUUCUGGUUUUAAUGUUAAUCAUUUGGAUAUUGCUCCUCGUUAUGCUGCUAUUUUAAUGGGAUUUUCCAAUGGAAUUGGCACUUUAGCAGGAUUAAUAUGCCCUUUUGUUGUUGAAUCCUUAACUGCAAAAGGAAGCAAUCCAAAUGGUUGGACAACCGUUUUUCUUCUGGCUUCGAUGAUUCAUUUUACCGGAAUUACCUUUUAUGGAGUUUAUGCUUCUGGAGAAUUACAGGACUGGGCAGAACCAAAAGAGGAAGAAGAAAAGGUUGUUUGGAGUGCUGAACAAGCUUCCGAAGCCCGAAGAUUUGAGGAAGGUGGAAAAAGAAAGGGAAGUUAUGGAGCUGUUGGAACUUCUAUAAAUAUUGAACCUCUACCAAAAAUUAGAAAUUAUAGUUUGGGACAGACGGGAGGAAUUCAAAUAGACUCAACAAAUCCUUUUGGAGCAGAUUGGGGAGAUUCUCAUAAUUAUUAUCAACAAAAUGGAGGAGGUAAUUUUAAUGAAAAGAGGGAUUCGUUGAGAUAA